AUGGCCUUGCAGGCCCAGAGGAUGUGUUCCCGUGGAUCAAAAGUGGCAAAGUUAGAGGCCAGCGUGCCAGGAUCUGCAAAGGAGCAGAGCUAUCACAGCUGCUCGGACAAGCGCCCCGAGGAAGCACAGUGUCACCCCGGACGUGCUGGCGAGGAGCCCAGCGCCCGCAUCGCUGUGUCCGCAGCCGCUGCUCUUCUUUUGCAGGCAGAGCUGGGAAAGCCCCGGAGAAGCAGCUAUACCCUGCCAGGCCCUGAUUUUUCAUAUGGGCUGUACAUUCAUGGGAGAGAUGGAGGAGUCCCUGAAGCAAUCGGCCACUGGCACGCCAUGAAGCCCAGGCCUGCUUUACUACGGAAGAUGCCCCGUGACUACAUUACCAUGAAUUGCGGCGCUCUGAAGGCUGGUUGUACCACAGCCCACGAAUUUAAUUUGUACUAUGAGGCCAAGGACAUUCGGUGCAAAGUGGAUGAGGAGAGUCGCUUCAAGAGGGGACCUCCUAAAGUACCUGCAGAUAUGACUUACGGCAUCGUCUCACGGCCUUCCACUCCCUUUUUUGAUCUCCUCCAUCACAAGUACAAGGAGCUGUGGUUGGAGCAGCAGAGAGCAAUGACAGUGAUCCAGCAAGAAGAAAAAAAAAAGAAAGGCAAAGCAUAUGAAACUCGUACCACGUUGCUCCGAAAACACCCACUACCUGCAAAAGAGGAGUCCUUCUGGCACUUGCCCCACUUAGAGAAGGUUGGUCCUCGUCUCAGUACUUUUCCAGACAGCGAGGCUCGUAAAAAGGCCUUCAGUGCCUACCGUUCAGAAAUGCCUGUGAGAUGUGGUCCUCUUCACCAGGGCAUCUAUACAACAAGCUGAAGGCUCAACCACAGCACUGUGCUGAGCAGCAAAGCCUUUAGACCUCUGAAAUAGCCAUGGAUGAUAGGUUUUCUCUCAGAUUUAGGAAAGUUAUGCUGA